AUGAAGCUCCCGGCGACAUUCUACGCGGUCCUCAUCGCAUCCGGCAUCGUCCACGUCCUCGCAGACGCUGCCCCUCCCCCCUACGCAGACUGGGGACAGUCAGACCUCAAGCGUUACCUCCAGGACCACCACAUCCCGAACCCAGGCAACCUCAACACGGAACAGCUCCGCGAACUCGCAGCACGUCACUACGACCAGCAGGCCUCCAACGUCAAGCGCGGCGCACAGCACGUCUUGCAGGACGCACGCGACGGCGCGUACGACACCUGGAGUGACUCGCAGUUGCGCCAGUUCCUCCUCGACAAGGGCGUCAUCUCGCCCUCUUUCAAGCGCGAGGAACUCGUCCAGCUCGCGAGGGAGUACGGACUCGAGGCGAGCAAGACGGCCGAGUCGGCGUGGGCUCGCACCACCGACGCCGCAGCCGACGCCGCGCACGCCGUCGCCGAGAACACCUCGGCCGCAUUCUACGCCGUCGUCGACGGGCCCGCCCAGGCUUACGACUACGUCGCGGGCAAGCUCGAAGACACCCGCGACUAUGUCUACUCGACCUGGACCGACUCGGACUUGCACUCGUGGGCGGUCAGCAAAGGGCUCGUCAAGCCCGAGGAGAAGAAGCGCCGCGACGAGCUCCUCGACCUCGUUCGCAAGCCCUACAGCGAUGCGACGAGUCACGUCUACGAGGCCUGGUCCGACAGCUACCUCCGCAACUGGCUUCAGCGCCACGGCGUCGUCAAGAGCAAGACGGCCAACACGCGUGACGAGUUGCUCGACCUGAUGAGCAAGAACUACUACGGCGCGCGCGACACCACGUACGAGUACUGGUCCGACUCUGCCGUCCGUCGCUGGCUCGAAUCCCGUGGUCUGGUCAAGCCCAACGAGACCAAGACCGCCUCCGAACUCCGCAACUUGAUCGCGAGCAACUACUGGAAGCUCAGGGACCAGGCUUACUCGGCUUGGGACGAGAGCAUGUUGCGUGCGUAUUUGGACAAGAACAAGGUCCAGUAUGAGAAGGACGCCAUGAGGAAUGAUCUUGUCAGGUUGGUCAAGGAGUACUACUACGACGCCUCGUCCUACAUCUGGUCCACCUGGUCCGACGCCGAACUUCUCGCCUGGGCGACCAAGGAGAAACUCGUCAACGCCGUCACGGGCAAGUCGCUCCGUCGCCACGACCUUGAGAAACUCGCGAGCGACAACUAUGGCAAGACGAGGGAUGCGAUUGCGGGGAGUUGGGACGAGAAGAGUAUGAGGGGCUGGUUGGUUAAGCAUGGGGUGUUGAAGAGCGAUGCGCAGAAGAAGAAGGAGGAGAUCGAGGCCGAGUUCAACAAGCACUACACCAAGGUCGCCAACAAGUCGACCGAGUACGUCUCGUGGUCGGACGCUCGCAUCCGCGGCUGGCUUCGCGACCACGGCGUCCCCGUCCCUAUGCGCACCUCCCGCCAAGAGCUCCUCCAGAGGAUGCACGAUAACUACGUCUCGACGCAAUCGGGCGGCCUUCACAUCAUCGACCAGAUCAAGGGCCAACUCGGAAACGCCGCCGACCUCCUCCGCAACAUUGUCGGAUCAGCUUCGGGCGUUGUCGGCGGUGCGGCCGAGGAAGCUCGUCUCAAGGCCAAGUAUGGCGAGCAGCAGGCUUCGAGCUUGUAUGGCGAUUCGAGCAAGACGGCAGAGGGAUACGCCUCGCAGGCUUCGAGGAGCGGCGAGUCCCUCGCCUCCCACGCCUCGCGCUCGGCUGUCUCGGCGACCGACCGCGCCAAGGCUAGCGUCUCCUCCGGCGUCCUCGAGGCGUCUGCCUCGGCCCGCUCCGUCUGGGACCAAGGCUUGUCGUCCGCCUCGUCCCUCUACUCGGUCGCCCUCCACUCGGCCUCAUCCGCCUCGAGCGUCGCCUCCGCCGAAGCAGUCAAGAGUGCCCGUGCGGCCGGUGCCGUUCCGACCGCCAUCUACGCCUCGGCCACCAGCGCAGGAAACGUCGCCGCCUCGAGUGCGUCUUCCGCCGCCGCUCAAGCCUCGGCGAGCCUCUUGAGCGCCUCGGCUGCAGCGAGCAAGAGCGCCGCAUCGUACGCAUCGCACGCCGAGCGCUCACUCAGUUCGCUUUACGUCGAGGCGACCAAGUCGGCCUCGUCGGCUUCGUACCACGCCAGCAAGUCGAUCGAGUCGGAGCUCUCGCGCCAGGGAGUCGCGCCGUCGCAGAUCUCGCGCUCGGCUUCCUCGGCAGGCGACGUCGCGUACGCUUCGGCUACCUCGGCAGCGGACAAGGCGCACAAGUCGUACACUUCGUUCACGGACCAGGCGAGCAAGAGCGCUUCGUCCGCGAGUGUCGUCGCCAGCCACUCGCUCGAGUCGGCCUUCCACCAGGCUAGCAAGAGCGUUUCGUCCGCCUCGUCCGUGGCCUCGAAGAGCGUCUCGAGCCAGAUGAAGGCCGCCGGGUACGACCCGAGCGUCAUCUCCAAGUCGGCCUCGUCCGCUGGAUCCGUCGCCGAGAAGAGCGCCUCCCGCCUCUCGGCCUCGGCUUCGUCGGCCUACCACGUCUACCUUACCUCGGCUUCCGCCUCCGCCUCGUCGCUCUCCAAGUCGCUCUCGUCCGCGUACUCGUCCGCCUCUGCCUCGGCUCGCAAGGGCGCCUCGCAUGUCUCGUCCUCGGCCUACGCGAGCGCGACCUCUGCCGGACUCGACAAGAAGCACGCCUCGUCCACCGCCAGCGUCGUCAGCAAGCUGGCCGAGCACUCGGCUUCCGAGGUCAGUCGUAGCCUCAGCAGCAAGCUCUCCGAGGCGAGCAAGAGCGCCUCGAGCCUCGUCCACAAGGAGCUCUAA